AUGGACCGUGUGAGGACAAGAGAUCUCGUUCGUAAAGGUGUCACUGCGAGUACCGCGAAGCAAGCUUUCGAAGACAAUCUGGAUCAAGAUGGAUCUUCUCGUGGGGGCGGCAGGGAGUACAAGAAGAGGAACCCAAGGACUGGCCAUCCUCAACCUCAGUCGUAUAGCUUUGAUCAGCCUUCGACUUCUCAACCUCAGGCAGCAUCAUAUCAGACGCAGGGCCCGGGGUACUAUGCUCCACCAAGCAAUUAUGGACAAACGAACUACGGCUACGGUCAAGCAGCUUCAGGGGCGCCACAAUAUCCUGCAUAUCCCCCGACUCCCCAACAAUCUCCUCCGCCCACAUCAUGCACCUGUACGCUAUGUCAGCACUGUCUUCCUCAUUUUGCGGAUUGCUACCAUGCACAGUCGCAAAUUUACUACUGUCGAUACCAUCAUGGACAAAUCAUGAAGUGGGUCAAUCCUGGACGGGGCUUCCACAACUGUCCCUCUAAUCAAUCGCCCCCUCCCAACCAACAGUCUUACUCGGGCUACCAACAGCACAACUCCACGUCAAGUCCAUCUUACACCCAGUGCUAUGGCCAGGCGUCUGGAGGCGCCCCGCGGGACCUUUACUCGAAUGGCUCACCAACCUCUCCUGGUCCACAGUCCUAUCAAGGCUCUCCACAGUCCAACUACACGCUAGGUGGGCCCUGGACGCAGGAACCCGCUCAACUUCCCGACCAAGCCGGCGUGGGCGAGGCGAGCAGUUACUACUAUCCAAGUGAAUAUCCUACAUGGCCAAGGCUUGCCGAAGACUCGGUGCUGCAGAUCAUCAUCACCCAGGCCACCGGCGGUAUAUCCAUGGAGCCAUACCACUCUACCGCCAUGCGAGAACGACAACAUCACCAGAGACUGAAACAGUCAGCAAGCUCCUUCAAGAUCUACACGCUACUUAUACAGCAACAGUCUCGGCUGGACCUCCCAAAGCGAGAGCUGCUGUAG